AUGCCGCUCCUACGGCGCAGACUGCGCUGUCAUUACUGCAAUGUUCAGUCGCGAGAAAGCGUCUCCCAGAUACCCAAAAAAUACCGCUGUCCGCAAUGCGACGCCGUGAAUCACUUUGAUGAGCGCGGAAAUAUCACGGAUCCACCAAUAGAGGAGAUUGCAGCUAUCCCCGCGCCUGUGCUUCAGUACAUACCCUCGCGCUCACCCUCACCCUUUAUGUCCGCUCCCCCCGACAGCAUCUUCUGCGACGCGUGUCAACACAACCAAACGUUAUACACCAGUCUGCUCGCCGAAUUUAUCCCGGAAGAAGACGAUCCACAGUAUGAGCAAUACCUCGCAGCCUACGAUAACUACAAGAUCGAGCUUGAGGAGCGCUACCCACAGGUGUGUAAGAACUGCUUGCCCCGGGUCCAAAACCAGAUACGAAAUGCGAACCAUGUAGCGAGAGCAGACAAUUUGGCGCGCAUAAUGGAAGCGAGCAAAGAAAAGCGCACGGUUGUGUACACGGCGCGACAAGCAUGGACGCUCAGGGCUAUUUCGCUAGCCGAGUGGACUUACAUCUUGAGUACAGUGGUGGGACUGCUCUGGCAUGUCGCUGGGUUACUCAUGGUCCCCAAUGAGACUAUUCGGGAAGACCAGAUCUUCGCUUGGAGCGCAUGUCUGCACCAAGCGUUUCGCUCGCGAUCCGUUGACGACAUCUGUGUACUUUCGCCGUAUAUAGUCAAAUGGUUGCAAUACGCUAUCCUUGCCGACCUGCUCACCAUCUGGUGGAACCCCAAGUUGAAGCUCAAAACGAACAGUCUCACGGGCAGAAUGCAUGGACUCAAGUCACUGUGGUCAAUUCGCUCUGCCGUCAUCAUAUCCCGCUUUGCGAGUCUCUACUACUGGCAGCACACCGCAGUCGACAGCGAUACACUACAGAGCUUCCGAUACACUCACACAGUUAUGGCCAGUGUACUCGCGCUCUCUUUCGUCCUGACCUGGAAGACUGUCCGCAUAGUCUACGGUGCCGCACCCUCAUUCCCCAAGGCAGCCCAAGAGCCCGUCCUCAGCGAACCCAGCAGCGCAAAGAAAGAAAGGAGGGGCUCCUACCAUCCUGCACACCCGCAAGCGGACCUCUUCGAUAGCAUGGCACAUUCGUUUGCAUCUGGAAUCCAAGGCUAUCAAGAAUCUUCUCCCGCCCCUCCAUCACCCACCCUCACUGAAUCAUCCUAUACCACACAUGCUACGACAGAAGCCACAACUCCCUUUGCCCAACGCAACUCUUUCCUAGACGUCGACGACAUGGACUGGACCCCAACCAAAGGUCGCUUCUCCGCUCAACCCCCCGAAAUCAUAUCCAACCAAUUCUCCAAGCGCCCAGCUUUUGCUCAGCAACAAGCCUCGCCCUCGGCCAAACCUAGAGAACCGCACUCCAUCUUCGCCCGCAAAGACCCAAAUCCCUUCCGCCACCGCGUCCCCGCCGCACCACCCACCUCGCUCGCCGCCAAUCAAAAACCCGACCCAUGGAAACGCGGAGUAUGGGCACCGCCACUCAAAGAAAGCAUGCCCAACUUCUUCAAAGAAGAGAAGAAGACAAGGGGCGCGGAUGGGACUAGCAAAUCACAAGGCCUAGAGGGUCUGGGCGUACCCAAGAAUGUCAAGAGGGAUGCAGAACUGUUUGCUAGCCCCAAACUCAAGUAUGAUUACUAUGGUACAAUGAAAGAUACGGGACUGGAGGAUACGUUCAAUGCCAUGUUCUCCAAGUAG